GGUUCAAACUCAUUUUCUUAUUCCAUGUUUGAAACUCAAUUUUGACCACUCAUUUGAUUUUAAAGAUUAGGAUGUUUUAAUUUCUUUUUUGCAUGUCCAUUUGGGAGUGUUUCUUUUGUAUUUUAGUUUGAAAAUGAGUUUUGUAUGUAAUGGAUAGAGUUUGCUGUUAUGAUUUUUUAGUUAGAAAUCAUGGAAUUUGUUCAUCUGGAUUUUUAAUUGCAUGUUUGAAGUUCAAUUUCAACCAUUCAUUUGAUUCUAAAGAUCAGGUUGUUUUACAUUCUUUUUUGCAUGUCCAUUUGGGAGUGUUUGUAUUUGAUUUUAGUUUGAAAAUGAGUUAGACCCCAACCUGCAACACAUCAAUGGCUAUUUAGGCUGUUUUAAUUUCUUUUUUGCAUGUCCAUUUGGGUGUGUUUGUAUUUGAUUUUAGUUUGAAAAUGAGUUAGAAUCCAACCUGUAACAUAUCAAUGGGUAUUCAGGGCUUUAUAAUCAGCAGAUUAUAUCAUACCCCCUCUGUUAUUAUGUAUCUUUCUACAUUCUCCAAACACCUUACACUUUUUAGUUUCAUCUUUUGAUAAAUAUUAGAGGACGGAGUCCUGUGAAUUUCCUAUGAUAAUGGAACAGUUUGGAUAUUCCAGCAAAUGACACAAAUUUAGACAUUGAUAGACAUUAGGUCGUAAUCUCCAAAUCUUCUCGAGAGUUUGUUAUUACAGGACAAGGCAAACAAAGAGCAAAUGACUUCGUCAUCGUUGAUCACGAAUUCAAACCGAUUAUGCUCACCAUGUGGGACGAAUUCACAACUGUCCAAGGCUCCGAACUUGGGAAGAUACUUGCAAGUGGUAGCUAUCCACCGAUACUCGCAAAGAGAGUUGCUGCCACAUCCUUCCUAGGUCUGUCCUUGACAACACGUUUCGACACAUCUAUAGAGAUAAAUCCCACAACCCCUCAGGCACUUGCACUAAGAGAAUGGUAUGUAUAUCAACAAUUAUUAUUUUUCAAAAUUCAAAAUACUUAUUCACACCAAAUUUUAUCUUACAGGAGCACAUCAAACACAACAUCAAUCAAAAAUGUUCUCCAGAAAGAUCAGCACCACGACACACUCAGUCAAUUUGUACGUCCAGAUUGUUUUUUAAAGUCAACUACUUCUCACGUGAAAGCAUCAGACGACAAGGAACAAAUCUUCUGGCUCGAAGGACAUAUUAAAAUCCUCGAAGAUGGUCCUCUACCAUACUAUAUAGGAUGUGAUACUUGCAACAAAAGGGUCAUCUUCACUGAAGGAAUAACAUUCAAAUGCUUGAACUGCGGAAAGAAAAAUGCAAUUACAACAAAGCGGUACAAUAUGAACGUUGAAAUAACUGACCACACUGGAGCAUUGGCUAUGACAAUCUUCACGCACGAAGUCAAAAAGCUGUUGCGCAUUCUGCAAACAAAUGCACCAAUUGAAGACAUCAACUGCACCAAUCUCAACAACCAGUUUGCGCCAAUGACAGCCACAACUGCAGUCAAAAUCAUACCGCCAAAUUACCAAGGAAGAAACGAAACAACAUAAGCAGUCCCAUGCCUUUACAGUCUCUCAACCAACGACGCACCGACAACCUCUUAGGCGAACACACCAAAAAGAAUUCUCACAGACAAAUCCGAAGGCGAGGGCAAACAAACCGAGAAAAAGCAAAAGAUCGACUGAACUGAAGCCUUGGGAAACAAUGACUCACACCGUUUUCCAACCCUACAUAUGAAGUGGUGUGAUGGCGUACUCUCAAACAUGAUCCCAAAGUUCUUUUGUCAACUCAAGAGAGAAAACAUUAAUGCAGCUGCCAGUAGGCAACAAUGUAAUCUAAAUGAUGCAACUUAUCUUUUGACUCCAUCAUGUAACUCUAUCUAUUGAUGACAUGCACUCAUGUACCUAUGAAUCCAUCAUGUAAAUACUAUGCUUUUGUUUAAUAUAUAAAUAUAUUAGUAAUUAGUAA